AUGGAAGUAACCAGUUUACAAAGGAAACGUUUCAAACGGUACAGUUGCCGAAUGCUGAAGUGUCAGAAGUGUUGUGUAACUGGAGAUGCUGAGUCGGAGAAUUAUGUAACUGGAGGUGGAUCAUCAAAAAAUUUCCCAGUCAACAAUCUUGUGUAUGCAUUAUCCGGAUAUAAUCAUCGACCAUUUCCCUAUCCAUUGAUUACAUCAGCAAAUUUACCUUCAGCUGCAUAUUAUCGACCGAAAGCAUACGUUUAUCCGUUGACAGUAACUAACCAGGAAAGUACAAAGAAUCCAGUAAAUUCUGUAUCUUUUGCUUAUGAACUUUCUCAGCAACCAGCAAACAGUCUGGUGUCACCGUGCUGUUCUCUAGUCAGCAGGUAUCGAAAAUGUUGCGCCUGUUGUACAACUCCAUCUUGCAGUGAGACUUGCUCCUCACAGGCUACUGCUUGUUCCCUUGCCGAACUAUGCAUCACGCUAGAAAAUGCGCAUCUUCGAGCAGCCCAAUUUCGUUACCAUAUUCAACCAGCAGAAAUAGAGCUGAAAGAAGAACAAGCUAAACGGUAUCCGGUUUCAACGGUGGAGCAAAACAAUGGUUUACCGGAUAUCCUAUACGAAAGAGUGAAUCCUGUUGUGGUAAACUCAGGUAGCUUUGACAACAUUGAUGUUAUUGGUCCGUCUGCAGAUGCUGUCCCAAAGCCUGUAUAUCUGAGUUAUGGAACAUUCUCACGACAGUUACCAGUUACGAGACCACUGAAACAAAAAAAUAGUUCGAACGACUUACCAAAACUUUUAAGUGACUAUUUUUUGCCGUCUAGUGCUCAAUUUGAUGGCAGCAACGUUGACGGUGGUGUAUUCCGAGAUAACCACGACACUGAAAGAAUACUAAAGUUGGUAAAAAUACUAAAGGAAGUCCAGGAAAUCUCAUCAGACUAUCCAAAAGCAGCUACAGUUGAAACAGCACAUUUGGAAGACAAGAAUGAACAGUAA